CUCCGCUGUUUUAAAAAAAAAACAAAAACGAACGGCGGCCAGCUGCGAAGGGUUUAGCGGAGCCCUUUGGAGACCGAGAGGUGGUCGCGGUCGCCUAUUUUCCCCCCCCCCGCCCGUCGGGGAGCGCCGAAAGACCGGAAGCUGGCGGAAAGCGAAAACGGGGAACCGGAAGUGGGGAAUCCAAAAUGCCCCACAUAGAUAAUGACAUUAAGCUGGAUUUCAAGGAUGUCCUUUUGAGACCGAAACGGAGUACGCUCAAAUCCCGGAGUGAGGUGGAUCUCCUGAGGUCCUUCACCUUCCGGAACUCCAAGCAGACCUACCGGGGGAUCCCCAUCAUCGCCGCCAACAUGGAUACGGUGGGGACCUUUGAGAUGGCCAAGGUUUUGAGCAAGUUCUCUCUCUUCACAGCCAUCCACAAGCACUGCACGGUGGAGGAGUGGCAGGAAUUUGCAGCUCAGAAUCCAGAUUGUCUCCAGAACGUGGCUGCCAGCACCGGCACCUCCGACCUGGAGCACUUGGAGCGAGUCCUGGAGGCUGUGCCGCAGAUCCGGUACAUCUGUCUGGAUGUGGCCAACGGCUACUCCGAACAUUUCGUCCAGUUCUUGAGGGAUUUGAGGAAGCGGUACCCGGAUCACACCAUCAUGGCCGGGAACGUCGUGACGGGCGAAAUGGUGGAGGAACUCAUUUUGUCAGGCGCCGACAUCAUCAAAGUGGGGAUCGGACCAGGCUCCGUUUGUACCACCCGGAAGAAGACCGGGGUGGGCUACCCUCAACUCAGCGCCGUCAUGGAGUGUGCGGACGCUGCCCACGGUCUCGGGGGACACAUCAUCUCGGAUGGAGGCUGCCAUUGCCCAGGGGAUGUGGCCAAAGCUUUUGGCGCCGGUGCAGACUUUGUGAUGGUGGGAGGCAUGUUGGCUGGACACACCGAAUCUGGGGGGGACCUGAUUGAAAAGGAAGGCAAGAAAUACAAGCUUUUUUAUGGCAUGAGCUCCGAGGUGUCUAUGAAGAAAUACACCGGAGGAGUAGCCGACUAUCGGGCCUCCGAAGGCAAAGUGGUGGAGGUGCCCUUCAAGGGGGACGUGGAGCACACCUUGAGGGACAUCCUGGGCGGGAUCCGCUCCACCUGCACCUACGUGGGCGCCGCCAAGCUGAAGGAGCUCAGCCGUCGGACCACCUUCAUCCGCGUCACCCAGCAAGUGAACCCCAUCUUUGGGGGGGAGGAUCAGCCUUGAGGGGGGCCCUGCUUCCUCCCCCCCCCCGGGCUGCUGAGGAAAUCAAAGCUCUCGGCUAAUCCCCAAACGCCAAGCCAGGCAGGAUAGCGCUUUCCUUUAGAAGCACGCCGAUUCCUCCAGGCUGGAGAAGCCAGCGCUGCUUCUUCCUCUUGUUCCGAGGGCGACAAACCUCAAUUUUUCACUCUUUCCCAUUCCGUGGAAGACACUCCCUGCCAAUAGCACUGAUGACGUUCCCUAGUUGGGUCAUGAAACGUCUGCAAGAAAAGCCACCAAGCUCAGAGAGCACCAGGGACCCCACAGUCCUCCUCUUCCUCUCCACAAACCCCACUCCUAACAUAGAUGAUGUUACCUAGUUAGGUCAUGAAACGUCUGCAAGAAAACCUCCAAGCUCAGAGAGCAUCAGGGACCCCACAGUCCUCCUCCUCUUCCAUGCAAAACCAACUCCCUCCUACACUGAUAAUGUUCCCUAGUUAGGUCAUGAAACGUCUGCAAGAAAACCGCCCAGCUCAGAGACCACCAAGGAUCCCACACUUCUCCUCUUCCUCCUCCUAUCGUUCCCUCCUCCUCUCUGCAAACCCCA